UAACAUUUUGCACAUAUAACCACAUUCUACACACGUGCCGACGUUUCCAGAGAUGCACUGCUAUUCAGGUUUUCUUCGAUCCAGUAAUUCGGUUCAUUAAACCGCAUAUUUCCGAGGUCGCAUUUGGCAGGCUUUUUGGGCCUCUGUGCUGCCGUCGUUUUCUGAGCUUUGAGCCCACCUGGCCCGCCCUCCUUGCCGUGUCAUUGGACACCGACGGUAAUUCUCUUUCUUGAUUGGCCGUCUGGCACAUCUUUAAUUUUGAGUCUCGGCAACCAUUCGAAGUUGGGGAAGUGCCUAAAAACGAGAUAACUAGGGAGUCAACGGAAUGCUAAUAUUAUAUGUUAACCUGGCGCUUAAGCUGCGCAUUUUAUCAAAAAGGUGAAGGACAAAAAAAACUAUGAUUUCAUUCAUCUGAAUAUUGGAAAUCAAUUAGACAAUGAAAUGGAUAACUCAAAGAAUAAACGAAAGUUAAGGUCAGGAAAGGAAGUAGCUGAUGAUAAAGUGGUACAUGAAGAUGAAGGGAAUGGCUCAAGUGUCAAACAGGGAUGUGAUGUCCGAUCUGAGGCUAAACGGCCCAGGACUAGCAACGCCACUGAUGAAGACAAGACCCCAGGUGAGCCUUGUCCAGCACCGGCGGUGGAAGCAACAGCGACUACAAGAGAUGGGCAGCAGCCCGAUAGUGGCCCCACAUCGGACUGCAGCUGUGAGUGCACUGUUUGUGAUUUUGUGGCUAAAACCCCUACAGCUUUGAAAGUGCACACCACAAGAAAACACUCUCGGAAGGGGGCUGGCCUUAGGGGCGAUGGCAGUAGGAGAGGAAAAGCAAAUCAAAACACUGAACAGGAAGGCCACAUCCAAAGCGCUGUAUCUUUAGAUCCCAGCAACAAUGAAAGUAUCCAACAGUGCUGCUUUAAGGCAAACAGUACUAACCAGAUAGACAGGCAUGUGAAGGAGACCCAUCAGGAAAGUCCCAGUGGGGAGACGGAGACGGAGGCAGAGAAAAACGUGACUGUUAAGUUGAGCAAAAACAGUGAGAUGGCCCGCCGGGAGAGCCAUCAUAACGAUGGUGAUGACCUACCACUCGCAGGGUCCAAAACAGACUGUGGACCUGAGGGGCCCAGUCCUGCUCCUGGGACAAAGGUGGGCCUUAAUAACAAAAGUGAGCAGGAUAACAGGGUCAGUCCGACUCGCAUGCUGUUAGAAAUGGUUGAUAAUAAUGUGGAGAAGACACACAUGGGAAAAGAAGCAGAGAACGAAACCAUGGAAGAGUUGGAAAGCAUCAAAGCCUCCGACGGAAGUAGCCAAAAGAGAAAUCAGGGUCUUGUCAAAGGUUUGAAGGCAGCAACAGACUCUGAAAUUGACAUUGACCCCACUGAGAAAAGUGCUAAUGUUGAUGCGGCAGGUGGCACACCCGGUAGCAUUCAAGCAGGGAAAGAAGCACCCACAGUACCUAUAGCACAAGGACAGGUUCACAGCAAAGUUGUUAAAAGAGGGUUAAAACCUAAGACUCAAAACACCUGUAGCUACUGUGGACAGCUAUUUCCAGACAGGCCUAGCCUGGCAAUUCACGUUAAAAGGCAGCAUGCUAAAGAAAGUAACUUCCUUUGCAAAGUUUGUUUGUACUCUUGUGCAACAAAGUCUGAAUAUGAAAAACACUGCUGCAGCAGCAGGCACAAGAGAUUGGUUUCAGAAAAGACUGGGACUCAGGGUGCCCUGGCACUAGUGGCCAGUAGCGCCAAGCAGCAGAACGUUCAUGAAAUUGAGUUUCAUGCUCAUGGCGAGGGCUCCAAAUCUAGUGCUACUCGUCUGGCUGCUGCCCAGCUGCUGAAACGCUCAGCAAAUGCCAGGGUGCAGCUGCAGUGCAAGGCCUGUGCAUACAAAACAUACUCCUCCACUCUUCUGCUGAGGCACGAGAGGCUGAAGCACUCCAAGGAGAUCCGCUUCCAUUGCAAGCCCUGCGGUUACUAUGCAUCGACUUCAGAGGGCAUGGAGAAACACCUCGCCAGGAAGAAGCACCAGCAGUCAGCCAGGAGAGAGAACCUUGGAGCAUCUUUUGAUGAGUGCGUGGAAAAAGUAUGCUUGAAGUUGUCAGAAAUUCAACCACCUCCCAAUGAGAUCCCAGAUACCAGCAAGGACCUGACAAAUGAUGAAGACAACCUUGAUGGGCAAACCAACGAAGCCACAGGUGCUGAAGGAAGUGCAGAAGUUAUUGACCAGAAAAGCCUGCCUAAAAAGAGACGAGGUCGGCCAAAGGGGUCCACUGUUACAACUUGUGACUAUUGUGGGCUGAUAGCCUCCAAUGCUACCAAUCUCAGUGUCCACAUCCGGCGGAGGCAUAGCCACCAGUAUAGCUUUGGCUGCAAGUUAUGCAGCUACUAUUGCGUAACCAAAGGUGACAUGGAUCGACACUGUGCCACCAAGAAGCACAUGAAGCGAAUGGAGGAAGCUAACGCUGAUAAUCCAGAAGAUAAUCAGGUAGAUCCAAGCAGUGUGGUAGAAGUUCUGAACAAUGGACAGCCAUCCCAAGCAAAGACUUCUGGGGAUUAUCCUGGUGAAGGAGAAGCCAUGCAAGCCACACAGGGGUCUUUGGAUGAAGCAGCAAUAGCUAGUGGGCAACUCUCUCAUUCUGAGGAUGGACAAGAAUCUGAGUCUGGACAGGUAGUGUCUGUCCUAGGGAAUGCAUGUCAGGAACUGGAUGGCUCAGCUCAGAAAAAAAGCAAAUACGACUCUGUCAACUCUUGUGCUCACUGUGAUUUUGUUGCCCAUUCUUUGCCGUCUCUGGACCUUCACAUAAAGCGGAAGCACACCAAGGACUUUGAGUUUGUCUGUAAGGCCUGCAGUUACUAUGCGGUCACUCGCCGGGAAAUGACACGACACGCCACAACUGAGAAGCACAAGCAGAAGAGCCAGUCCUACCUGGAGUCUCUGAGGAAGAAUGAGAGCAGGCCGAGCCAGGCAAACAAAGAAGCAGAGAAUGAAGGAGAGCCCAAACUGGAGAGCAACGAUAUCCCUUUUACAGAGAGUUCCCAGGUGGACGAAACUGUGUCAGACCAAAAGACAAAUGCUGGAAAAUGUCAGAGUGGUGAAAUGUCAGAAAGUGUUGCCUCUGUCCCAAAUGUUGCUAGAGAAGCAACUGGCUCAGCAGAACCAUACACUAUAGAUGCUGUUGUGAGUGAGAAGGCCGUAAAAAGUCAAGGAAACCUCGAAACUAUCAACAAUGAAGGACAUUCAGCCUUAGAUGAGAAUUCUAAAGAUGUUGAGCUGAGCCGUGGAGAAAGCCCAGCACCAUCAAAGGACAUUCCAUUGACUAAACCUGCUGGAGAACCAGUGGAAGACUCUGCUCUAGAGUCAGAGGAACUCCCUGAGGAUGACCUCCCAGAGGGAGGAACAGAAACAGAGGAUGACUGCUUGGUGGAGAGUCUGUCAGAUGCAGAUCCAGACUAUGCUGACAGAAGAGAAGAUGGUUCUUUAUCUGUCAAGCAGCUAGUAAGGGCUGUUCCUUUCGAUGCAUCCAUUGUUUCCGCAAAAGCCUUUCUAGAACUGGAGCCCUCUGCGCUGGAUGAAACCCAUGCUACGAGGACAUCAUCUGCUGGUAACUCUGCUGGCAAUUCAAGUCCUCUGAGUGGCAAGAAAAAUAGUGGUCUUAGGUCCAAGGGAUCCACGAGCUCACGGAUCCGCUGUGAGGACUGUGGCUUCCUGGCUGAUGGCCUGAGUGGCCUGAAUGUUCACAUAGCCAUGAAGCACCCAUCAAAGGAGAAGCACUUCCACUGUCUUCUAUGCGGCAAGUCCUUCUACACUGAGAGCAACCUGCACCAGCACCUGACUAGUGCUGCCCACCUGCGCAAUGAGCAAGCCAGCAUCGAGGAGUUGCCCGAAGGCGGAGCCUCCUUCAAAUGUGUCAAGUGCACGGAGCCCUUUGAGACGGAGCAGGACCUCUUCAUGCACAUCAAGGAAAAGCAUGAGGAGCUGCUGCGUGAGGUCAACAAGUAUGUCUUGGAGGACACUGAGCAAAUCAACAAGGAGCGUGAGGAGAACCAGGGCAACGUGUGCAAGUAUUGCGGGAAGGUGUGCAAGAGCAGCAACUCUAUGGCCUUUCUGGCACAUGUCCGCACGCAUACAGGGUCGAAGCCUUUCAAGUGCAAGAUCUGCAACUUUGCCACCGCUCAGCUUGGAGACGCCCGCAACCACGUGAAGAGGCACCUGGGCAUGCGGGAGUACAAGUGCCACGUGUGUGGGUGGGCUUUCGUGAUGAAGAAACACCUAAGCACUCACCUCCUAGGCAAGCACGGCGUGGGGCGACCCAAAGAAAGGAAGUUCGAGUGUGACCUGUGUGACCGCUCCUUCAGCGAGCGCUGGGCCCUGAAGAACCACUGCAAGCUGCACACGGGGGAGAAGCCCUACAAAUGCGAGUGGCCGUCCUGCCACUAUUCCUUCCUCACGCUGUCGGCCCUGAAGGACCACGGGCGCACUCACACGGGAGAGAAGUCCUUCCUGUGCGACCUCUGCGGAUUUGCGGGCGGGACUCGCCACGCCCUGACCAAGCACCGACGGCAGCACACGGGUGAGAAGCCCUUCAGAUGCCAGCUGUGUAACUUCGCCUCCACCACCCAGUCCCACCUGACGCGCCACAGACGCGUGCACACGGGCGAGAAGCCCUACCACUGUCCCUGGUGCGACUACAGAUCAAACUGUGCCGAGAACAUCCGGAAGCACAUCCUCCACACGGGCAAGCAUGAGGGUGUGAAGAUGUACAACUGCCCCAAGUGUGACUACGGAACCAACGCUCCGAUGGACUUCCGGAACCACCUGAAGGAGAUGCACCCGGACAUCGAGAACCCGGACCUGGCCUACCUGCACGCAGGAAUCGUGUCCAAGUCCUUUGAGUGCCGCCUGAAGGGUCAGGGCGCCACCUUUGUGGAGACUGAGACGGCGUUUGCAGCAGACGAGGCCUCCCAGGGUACCCGGCACGUGGGGGUCGCCCGAGCGGGCGAGGAGGCGGGUGCCGUGCAGCAGGUCAUCAUAAUCCAGGGCUACGGGGGCGAGCUGGCCGUGGACAGCUCCCUGGAGGAGUCCGCCGCUGCUGCCUUGCAGACGCUGGCCGAGGUGCUGCACAUCACCGAGGACGGGCAGGUCAUCACCGGGGGCACCACUGCCGCAGCGUCCGGGCACCACCAUGGCACCGCUGCCACCCAGUACGUGCUGGUGGAGUCUGGGGAGUCGGAGCUCGCGGAGGGGGCGGCCACCUCCACGUCGCCCAGCACUCUGGAUGCGCUGCUCUGUGCCGUUACUGAGCUGGGCGGGGCCGAGCAGCGAGGGGGUGGAGCCCAACCGGAGGUCAGCCCUAAGGACGACAAAGAUUACGAGAGCAGGCCGGCAACGGGCGGAGAGGAGCAUUCUGAGGAGGUGGAACAGCAGACCGCGGUGGAGGUUUACGGCGAGGUGCUGGAGGAGCAGACCGGUGAGCCCGUGGAGGUGGUGACCCAGGUAGUGGGGUCCGCCGUGGGGGUGCCGGGCCCCCAGGACGUCGUGCAGGAGGUGCUGCAGUUUGCCGCGACCCAGCUGAUGAUGAAGGAGGGGCUGACGCAGGUCAUCGUCAACGACCAGGGCACCCACUUCAUCGUAACCGAGCUAGAGGACGGUGCACUGCAGGUGGAGGGUGCUGUCUACGGUACCGGUGCUGAGGCCGCCCCUGUCGAAAGCGUGGUGGUAUAUUCCAACUCCACCUCGCAGGACACCAUCAUGGAGGAGUGAGGGGAAGGAUAGAGGGGCAUUCAAUCCUGCUGUCUGCUCGUUUUGCCGUGCUGUGUGUUGAAUCGUUUCUUUUUUUUUAAAAACAAAUACUUCUACCAAUAAUAACUCAGGAUGAUGUCAAUUUCUGUGGUACUGCAGUCUACAGUUACAACAAUUACACAAGGAAAUGAGCAUGAUUACAAAGAAAGCGUUCAGAAGCUGGAAGAGGAUUACAGAUGCAGUGCAGCGAGAUAUGUGAUCUGCACAUGGACCUUCCGUGUGCUGUCAGCUGUCCAGCUGUGUACAACCAUUUUUGCUUUGGUUUUUUAUUACAGCUGUUGGCUAAGAACAGUCAUUUUCCACAGCGUGUUUUGCAGGAAAUGACAUAGGCUCUCUCUUCAAAAAGCUGUCAGAUGUUUGCAUAUUCGUUUAUUUGUUGCUUGGUUUUGAUUCGUUUGGUGUAUUUUUUUUCCCCCCCUUCCUAGGAUUUAUCAGGAAAAAGGGCCACUAAUGGUCCGCUUUCACCCACAAUGCACUUCUGCACCACACCACAAGUAAGGAAGCAAAACACUUUGUGUUUGUCCUUCUGGACUGUGGUCGGGUUUUUUUUUGAGAAGAGGUGCAAAGCAGUGUGUUUUUUAAAAGUCCAUCGGGAAUUUCUGUAGUUUAGGGUGUCAGAGCAGAUGCAUCCAGGUUUGUACAUAGCAUUGAAGGAGUUAAACUGCUUGACCCCCCCCCCCCCCCCCGUUACCAAGGAAAGGGGUGCUAAUGGCUAAGGGGCAAAGCUCGUCCCUCUAUUCAGAAAUAAAGCGCUGAUGAUCCAUGA